CGCCCGACUUGUAUAUAAGGCAGGCGAUGAGCCUGGCUCGGAGCUCGCUCGUUUUUUCCGGGUUUGUUGCGGUCGCUGCUGCUGCUGCUGAGUCGCUGCGAUGUCCGGGCGCGGGAAGCAGGGCGGCAAGGCGCGCGCCAAGGCCAAGUCGCGCUCGUCGCGGGCCGGGCUGCAGUUCCCCGUGGGCCGCGUGCACCGGCUGCUGCGCAAGGGCAACUACGCGGAGCGCGUGGGCGCCGGCGCGCCCGUGUACCUGGCGGCCGUGCUGGAGUACCUGACGGCCGAGAUCCUGGAGCUGGCGGGCAACGCGGCCCGCGACAACAAGAAGACGCGCAUCAUCCCCCGCCACCUGCAGCUCGCCAUCCGCAACGACGAGGAGCUCAACAAGCUGCUGGGCAAGGUGACCAUCGCGCAGGGCGGCGUGCUGCCCAACAUCCAGGCCGUGCUGCUGCCCAAGAAGACCGACAGCCACAAGGCUAAAACCAAGUGAGCGCCGAAGAAUAAAGGCUGCAAAGUUUAACCCAGAGAAACCCAAAGGCUCUUUUAAGAGCCACCCAUUUCUUCAUUAAAGGGCUGAAUUGCUUCUAAGCAUUGGUAAAACUGACCAAGUGUAACGGUUUUUAUUAGCGCCCCUUCCUUAACCAUCCUCUUGUACAUGGGUUUAAGCAGAAACUGCCCCCACUAGACACUGAGGCAUACUAUCACAAAGUC